ACAUGCAUCGGAUUAAACGGAGACAGUAACCCGAAACGUCCAAAAUCAAACCAAUUAAAAUUCGCCACGUCAGCAAGACCGUGUCAAUGCCGUCAAAGUCGCCGUUAGCGUGCCUAGGACUAUUCUAUAUUUAGAAACAUGUGUGUUGGCGAUUCAUAAAUACGUAUAAAUAUUCGUAUUAAAUACGUAAUCGUAUAAUUAUACGAUAUUGUCGUUAUAAAUAUAAAUGAGAAUUUAUUCCAUUUUUCUCGUUCAGUGUUGAUUUGCAUUUUUCCUUUAUUUCUCUCUUCGUAUACUCCUUAACGUGCGCCGGUUAAAGCUCUUAACCUACGCACAUCGCCGGCGAAUUUAUGAUUAUCUAAGUCCGUCGGUGAUAUUCAAAGACUGAGAAGGGAUCGUAGUCGGAAAGACUUUAUGGAGGUUAUGGUUGGAUCGUCUUAUGGAAUCGGUAUGGCGGCGUACGUUAGAGAUCGCGGCGGCGUUUCGGCGCAGGAUAAGGCUGUUCAAACGGCUUUGUUCUUGGCGGAUGAAUCGGGACGCGGUGGAUCGCAGAUCGGGAUCGGAUUACGGAUGAGUAAUAAUAGUAAGUCGCCGGAGGAAUCGUCGGAUAGUUCGUCGUCGAUCGGAGAGAGCAGUGAAAACGAGGAGGAGGAAGAAGACGACGCCGUUUCGUGCCAAAGAGGAACACUUGAUUCGUUUAGUUCUUCUCUUGAAGACUCUCUCCCGAUUAAGAGAGGAUUAUCGAACCAUUAUGUCGGGAAAUCGAAAUCGUUUGGGAAUUUAAUGGAAGCUGCGAGUACCGCAAAGGAUUUGGAGAAAGUUGAGAAUCCAUUUAACAAGAGAAGGAGAUUGGUUAUUGCUAAUAAGCUAAGGAGAAGAGGAAGAUCUAUGUCAGCUUCGAGUUUCUACUCGUGGCAAAACCCUAAUUCAAUGCCUUUACUUGCACUCCAAGAACCUAAUGAAGAGGAUCAUCAUAAUGAUGACUAUGAGGAUGAUGAUGGUGGUGAUGACCAUAGGAAGAUUAUGAUGAUGAUGAAGAAUAAAAGAGAUUUGAUGGCUCAGACUCGAAGCUGUUUCUGUCUAAGUAGUUUGCAAGAGGAAGAUGAUGGUGAUGGUGAUGAUGAAGAUGAAUGAUCAAUCAAGUAACAUUGUUUCUUUUAAUACUUGUUUUAAAUUUGUUCUUCUCUUGUGAAUUUGUUUUUUUUAAGGGAGAGUUAGAGGAAGUUUCAGUGAUAACAACAAGUGGUGGAAGAUUUGAUUUGUUAGGAAUAAUUAUUAUUAAUCUAUUCAUUAGUAGUAGCAGUCUUAAGACUUUUCCUAAUCCCAAAAGACAAUUCUUCUUC